UGAUUGGCAGCUGCGCGAUCGUUGGGCCAGCCGGGCAGUGCGGCACCUCUAGUGACGUGAGGUUUCGGUGGGGGGGUUGUAUCACCUCCACUCUCAUGUGGUCUGCGGCGUCGUCUGUUUAUUAUUUACAUCGCUGUCCGGCUCAUAGAGCUUCGUGAAACAGGUGUGGUAACAACUACUUCUGAAGAUGAUUUUGUCGUUGGGAUUAUUGAUUUUAUCUGCCUCACAGAUUCAUGUGAGCUUCAUGGUGUAUUUUAUUGCUUUGCUCCAUCUGUGGCCUGUGGAAGGUGACAUUCUAGCAUAUUCCAUUGAUAAUCAAACACAGAAUUUUGAGGAUCUCCCAGCAAGAUUUGGUUACCGCCUUCCUAAAGAUGGUUUAAAGGGUUUUCUUGUGUAUUCAAGACCAAAGAAUGCUUGUGAACCUAUUAUCUCCCCACCAGUAAUGGAAAACACCUCUGUCAAUUUCAUUGUUCUGAUUAGAAGAUUUGACUGCAAUUUUGAUAUCAAGGUUUUGAAUGCACAGCGAGCUGGAUACAAAGCUGCUAUUGUAUACAAUGUUGAUUCUGAUGAUCUUAUCAGUAUGGGGUCCAACGAUGUUGAUAUUUUGAAACAAAUCACCAUUCCAUCAGUGUUUAUUGGAGCAGCAUCAGCUAAGUACCUUGAAGAAUUCAGCUAUUUCAGAGGUGGGCACAUAGUGAUACUACCUGAUUUUAGCCUUCCAUUGGAGUACUAUCUAAUUCCAUUCCUCAUCAUAGUUGGAAUCUGCUUAAUCCUGAUAGCUAUUUUUAUGAUUUCGAAAUUUAUUCAAGAUAGGCACAGGGCAAGAAGAAACAGGUUGCGUAAAGAUCAGCUGAAGAAGCUACCAGUACACAAAUUCAAAAAGGGGGAUGAGUAUGAGGUCUGUGCAAUUUGUCUGGAUGAAUAUGAAGAAGGUGACAAGCUUCGCAUCCUGCCUUGUUCACAUGCAUAUCACUGCAAAUGUGUGGACCCAUGGCUAACGAGAACAAAGAAAACCUGUCCCGUCUGCAAACAGAAGGUGGUGGCAUCUCAGGGAGAGUCUGAUUCGGACACUGAUGAGGUGGACAGCAGCCAUGAAGAAAAUGACGACGCUUCUGAGAACACUCCUCUGCUGAGGUCCUCACUCGCCUCCACCAGUGCUCACUCCUUCGGUACCAUGACAGAGUCUCAGUCCCACCCAGAAGCUGUGGAAUCCUCUGACUAUGAAUAUGAUGAUGAGGAGGAAGGAGACAGCAGUGAAGCUGAGGAUGGCAUUAAUGAAGAAGCAGUAGUUCAGGUGCAACAGGCAAACCCUGAAGCCAGCACAGGAAAGAGAGGAGCCAGAGAGCCAUUUGGAGUAGUUUGAUGAUUGUUUUUAAAUGCAAAAUCUGCACAUCCUUCAAAAACAAUGUGUCAAAAUUAAAAGUUGGGGAAAUUUUUCAGUUUGCUUUUCCACCGUUUAAUGUAUUGCAACUUCGCGACGUAUAUAAAUGCAAACUUUCUAAGAAUUUAAAAAAACCUUUCACAGGUUCUCACUGUGAGGCUUCUGGAAUGACAUGCAGCUCUCAUGUAAUGCAGGGCUGCCAAUCACUAAUUCUUGGUGACCUAAUACAGAUCAAAGCUGAGCAGUCUAAUGUUUCCCCAGAAUCACUGCCGCCUGAUUUAUCAUUACCGCGGCAACCUUGAAAAGUGUUGCAUUGAUCACAGAACUACCAGGUAGCUGGGUUGAACCAGUUCCAUAGAUCAUAUAGAGUGACUUCAACACUAAGUAAGCAACUUGUAUACUAAGGUAGCUAAAUAUCUGACUGAUCCUUUGUUUAAAAAAAAGCUUUAAUCAUGUAAUUUUCUGAGUUUCCUGUAUAUAUUCUGCUUUCAACCCUACAAUCCAGGCUGUUGUUUUAGAUAUGCGAUACGUAUUUGUCCCUAUCAGGUGUAUUGCAGCAACUGAAAUUCUCAGCUCUUUUGGGAUUUGAUUUUAAAUUCCUGCGCCUGAUUUCAUUUACUAUAGAUCAAUAAAUUGUCAUGCCAUUAGGUAGAAAAGGACUAAUUUUCUACUGAACUCUCCCAAUAAAUGCUUUAGAAAUUGCCUCCAGUUUCUAUGUUAAGGUAAUAUUUGGAAUUUGCAGUAUGUGAGGGAGUUUAGAACUUUGAGUAUAUUAAAGUAGAAUUUUAAUUUGAGCUGUUUGAACAAAGUUUGUAUAAAUUACCUCUACAAUUAUAUGUAUGUACUAUGUGCCAAGAUGGUGCAUAUAUAAAUGAUCUUGAAAGCUAAGAUUCUUAAUAAAAAUGUUAUAAUGAAAAUAGUUUACACCUAUUGUGAUGAUGAUGCUGACUAGACUUGCUCUGCUUCUUGCACUUGAUCUCUGUCACUGAGGGGAGAUGUCAUAUUAUAUGAACCAUAGAACAGUACCAGCCCAUCGGCCCACAAUGCAGGAACUCAGCCUGUCAAACAACAUUUCAACGUAGAACUGUACUGCACAGUCCAGGCCCUUCAGCCCAUGAUGUUGUGCUGACCUUUAAACCUACUACAACAUUAAUCUAACCCUUCAGGCCCUCCAUUUUUCUAAGAGUCUCUUAAAUGUCCCUAAUGUAUCUGCCUCUAUUACUACCAGCUCUGGUAGCACAUUCCACACACCCACCACUCUGUGUGUAUGAACUCUGCUAUCCUUCCCAUACUUUCCUCCAAACACCUAAAUAUUAUGUCCUUUUGUUUUAGCUCUUUGUGCCCUGAGAAAAUGUCACUCGUUGUCUAUCUCUGUCCCUUAUCAUCUUGUACAGCUCUACCACAUCACCGCUCAGCCAUAUUUUACUCAACCUUUCAUCAUAAGACAUGCUCUCCGAUUUAGGCAGUAUUCUGGCAGAUCUCCUAUGCACCCUCUCGAAAGCUUUCAUAUCCUUCCUAUGAGACAACCAGAGCUGAACACAAUAUUCCAAGUGUGAUCUAACCACACUUAUAGAUCUGCAUCAUUACCUUGUGGCUCUUGAACUUGGCUUCCUGACUCAUGAAAACCAACAUACCAUACACCUUCUUAACCACCCUAUCAACUAAUGUAGCAACUUUGAGAAUCUAUAAAUGUGGCCCUAAUAUCCCUCUGAUCCUCCACAUUGUUAAGAAGCCUGCAACCCUGUAUUCUGUCUUCAUGUUUGAUUUUCCAAAGCUUAUCACUUCUUUGAACUUCAUCUGUAUAUGAAUCCUCCAUAUAGAAGUAGAGGAUUUGACCAUAUGGAGUUUAUCACUCAGUUACCUUCAAGUAGGAGGAUACAAUCGAUCUGUUGCUUUCAUCUGCUUGAAUCCUCUUUUGGAAGCAGGAUCUGGGGGGUGGGGAAGAAAAUCUCGUGGCAACAAUGCUGUAGUCUCAGAAUGGAUAUGCUAAAUUAAUAUGGUCUGUUUUUAUUAGAUAGGCAACAUGGUUAUUAUGGGAAUGACGCAUCCUGUUGCGUAAUUAAGGACCUACAGCAGAAAUGUUUGGGUAUUUGCUUCCAGAUGUGAUUGGAUUGGACUAUAAUAUUUGGGUGUACUUUAUUCAUUUGUUUUUUUCUUAAUGUUUUUAACAAAUUGCUGACCAGUAUUCUGUUGGAGCAUAGUGCAUAGUAUAUGCAAAAAAGUAAAGUUUAUUCUAAGUUUCAUUGAAAAUCAUCUCCCAAGACAGUACUACUAUUUUAAUGGCAGUUGCUUUCUGUAGUUCCACCCUUGUAAGUUUAAACUGAAUAGUUGUAUCUUGUACCAUCGAGGGGGGAAAAAUGUUUAAUAAUUUUUGUUACAAAAAGGUACGAUCCAAUCUGAUACAAUUUAAAGGUUUGCUUUCAGCUUUCUAGGUUUAAGCACAGCUGAACUUUGGAUCAAUUGAAAGUACAUUUAAGCUUUAAGAAAUGUUUUCUUGGCAACAUUCCUGUGAACUCUGGAACAGACAAAUGUAAUCAACUUUAGAAAUGAUUGGUAGAAUGAUUAUGUUGGGAGUCUGAAAGUCACCAUCUCAGCAGAUCAAU